AUGGAUUAACUCAAGUUCCAGGGUGUCAUGGCGGCAGGAGGGCGAACUUGCAGUUUCUCCACGACCCACCCCUGUGUCAACAGCUCCAGAAUGUGGCAGCUUGCAAGCCUCUUGUUGUUCGUGGUCACCUGGGGAAUUUCCGGCACGCCAGCCUCUCCUGACUUAGUGUUCUCGAGCAGUGAGCGUGCCCACCAGGUGCUGCGCAUCCGCAAACGCGCCAACUUUCUGGAGGAGCUCCGGCCAGGCAACCUGGAGCGGGAGUGCACAGAGGAGAUCUGUGACUUCGAAGAAGCCCAGGAGAUUUUCCAAAAUGUGGAUGACACACUAGCCUUCUGGUCCAAGUACGUCGACGGUGAUCAGUGCGCAGACCAGCCCUCGGAGCACCAAUGCGCCAGCCCGUGCUGCGGACACGGCACGUGCAUCGAUGGCACCGGUGGCUUCAGCUGCGACUGUGGCAGGGGCUGGGAGGGCAGCUUCUGCCAACACGAGGUGCGCUUCUCCAACUGCUCGGUGGACAACGGUGGCUGCGCGCACUACUGCCUGGAGGAGCAGGGCGGGCGCCGCUGCAGCUGCGCGCCGGGCUACAAGCUGGCGGAUGACCACCUCCAGUGCCAGGCCUCUGUGAGGUUCCCAUGUGGAAGACUAGGGAUGCGAAUGGAGAAGAAGCGCAAUAACUUCAAACGUGAUACAGACCAAGUCAUACGAAUAGAUCCAAGGAUCGUCAAUGGAUCAUUAACCCGACAGGGAGACAGCCCCUGGCAGGUGAUCCUACUGGACUCAAAGAAGAAGCUGGCCUGUGGGGGGGUGCUCAUCCACACCUCCUGGGUGCUGACGGCGGCCCACUGCAUGGAGAACUCCAGAAAGCUCACUGUCAGGCUUGGUGAGUACGACCUGCGGCGCAGGGACAAGUGGGAAGUGGACCUGAACAUCAAAGAGGUCUUCAUUCACCCCAACUACAGCCGGAGCACCACUGACAACGACAUCGCACUGCUCCGCCUGGCCCAGCCCGCCACCCUCUCGAAGACCAUCGUACCCAUCUGCCUCCCCAACAGUGGCCUUGCGGAUCGUGAGCUCACUCAGGCUGGCCAGGAGACAGUGGUAACUGGCUGGGGUUAUCAUAGCAGCCGAGAGAAGGUGGCCAAGAGAAACCGCACCUUUGUCCUCAACUUCAUCAAGAUUCCCGUGGCCCCACGCAACGAGUGCAUGCAGGUUAUGAACAACAUGAUCUCUGAGAACAUGCUGUGUGCAGGCAUCCUAGGGGACCAGCGGGAUGCCUGUGAAGGUGACAGUGGGGGACCCAUGGUUGCUUUUUCACGAGGCACCUGGUUCCUGGUGGGCCUGGUGAGCUGGGGUGAGGGCUGUGGGCUCCUUAACAACUAUGGUGUCUAUACCAAGGUCAGUCGCUACCUAGACUGGAUUCACAACCACAUCAGAAGCAAGGACAACUCCACCAAGGUCCAGGUGCCAUAGCACCCCUCUCUCCUCAUCUCUGGACCCCAGAGGCCACUCUGCAGUGGAGCUUGGGAUAUUGAAUGGCAAUACAUGGGACAUUAAAGGGCUUGUGACACACACACACCA